CAUACCAACCAACCGACUGACUAAAAGAUUUCCGUUUGGCGACUGAGAAACUGAAAAGGAAAAUCACACAACGCAGAGAAAGAAAAUGCUUGUUUUAAAACCCAUCUCGCCUUACAGGCUUUCCAAUCUCCUCCGUCGCCUGAAGGACCCAAACCUCGCUCUCCAACUCUUCCAAAACCCUAACCCCCAAAUCCAAUCUUCCGAACCCCAAAAACGAUUUCGCUAUUCCCUUCUCUCCUACGACAUUAUCAUCACCAAGCUCGGACGCGCCAAAAUGUUCGAUCAAAUGGAGCAAAUCCUCCGUCAAUUGAAUAAAGAAUCCCGCUUUGUUCCCAACGAGAUCAUCUUCUGCAACGUGAUUUCUUUCUAUGGCAGGGCUUGUCUUCCCGACCGUGCUCUCAAAUUGUUCGACGAAAUGCCGUUUUUUCGUGUUUUGCGUACCGUGAAAUCCUACAAUUCGGUGAUGGACUCGCUUUCGAAGUGCGGUGAGUUUGAGAAGAUGAUGCAGUUUUACGCAAAUUUCCGCAAAAAAGUUACCCCUGAUGUGUGUACUUAUAAUAUUUUGAUCAAUGCUUGGUGUAAACGUGGUUGUUUGGAUGAUGCUUGGAAGGUGUUUGAUGAAAUGCGGUGGAACGGUGUUCGUCCAAAUGCCGUGACUUUCGGAACUUUGGUUCACGGGUUUUGCGCGAAUUUCAAGUUAGACGAGGCUUUGAAGUUGAAAGAGGAUAUGAUUAGAGUUUAUGGGAUUAAGCCUAAUGCGUCGUUGUAUGCUUCUUUGAUGAAAGAACUUUCUAGGGCCGGCGAGUUGAGUUUGGCAUUUCGGCUGAGGGAGGAGAUGGAAAGAAACAGAAUAGAAUUAGAUGCCAGAGUUUACAGCACUUUGAUCAGCGCAAAUUUCAAGGCUGGUAGGAAAGAGGAGGCUUUUCGGAUUCUGGAGGAGAUGAAAGUUUCUGGCUGUAAACCCGAUACCGUAACUUACAAUGCGGUGAUUCAUGGGUUUUGUGUGGAAAAAGACUUUGAAGCAGCCAACGAAAUGUUGAACCAGAUGGUGGAGGAAGGGUGUAAACCGGAUAUUAUCACUUACAAUAUCAUUAUUGGUGGAUUAUGUAAGGAGGGAAAAUGGGUUGAGGCAAAUGAUUUGUUUGAAGAUUUACCGAGACGCGGUUGCAAGCCUGAUGUGCUGUCCUAUCGAACGAUUUUCGACGGGUUUUGUGGUUGUCGGAGGUUUAAAGAAGCAGCACUAAUUUUAGAUGAGAUGGUCUUCAAGGGUUAUGCGCCUUCUGCUGCGAGUGCUCAUAAACUUGUUGGUGAGUUGAGUCAAGAAGAUAAUGAGGAGUUGUUAUGGAAGGUUUUGACUAGCUUGGGAAAAGCAAAUCUUGUCGUUGCGAAUAUCUGGGAUUUGGUAAUUUUAAAGGCAUGCCAUAGACAUAUGCUAUCAAAUGUCUGUGAGCUGGCUGAUAAUUUGAUUGUGCUGUGA